AUGUCAGUAGUUUACAUUAGGAGUGCACGUCCCCAUAAUUUAACGCAACCGAAAAAUUCAAACGGCGUUACAUCAAAAAAUGGCUACUCGAGUAUUUUGGUAUUCCAAAAAGGUCUACAAGCAUACUUUAUCUUUCAUAUAAACUACAGUAAAGGUCUUCAAGCAUACUUUAUCUUUCAUAUAAACUACAGUAAAGGUCUACAAGCAUACUUUAUAUUUCAUUCAAAUUACAUUAAAGGUCUACAAGCAUACUGUAUCUUUCAUAUAAAUUACAGUAAAGGUCUACAAGCAUACUUUAUCUUUCAUACAAAUUACAGUAAAGGUCUACGAGCUAACUUUAUCUUUCAUAUAAACUACAGUAAAGGUCUACAAGCAUACUUUAUCUUUCAUACAAAUUACAGUAAAGGUCUACAAGCAUACUUUAUAUUUCAAACAAACUACUAUAAAGGUCUACAAGCAUACUUUAUCUUUCAUAUAAACUACAGUAAAGGUCUACAAGCAUACUUUAUCUUUCAUAUAAACUACAGUAAACGUCUACAAGCAUACUUUAUCUUUCAUAUAAACUACAGUAAACGUCUACAAGAUUACUUUAUCUUUCAUAUAAACUACAGUAAACGUCUACAAGCUUACUUUAUCUUUAAUACAAUCUACAGUAAAGGUCUACAAGCUUACUUUAUCUUUCAUACAAUCUACAGUAAAGGUCUACAAGCUUACUUUUUCUUUCAUAUAAACUACAGUAAACGUCUACAAGCUUACUUUAUCUUUCAUAUAAACUACAGUAAAGGUCUACAAGCAUACUUUAUCUUUCAUAUAAACUACAGUAAACGUCUACAAGCAUACUUUAUCUUUAAUACAAUCUACAGUAAAGGUUUAAUAAUGGAAGCAAUACGUGUCUUGACGUGGGCGGAGUUUAAGGCUUGUCCUGGUCGACUACAUAGGUUUUUUUCUGAAGUCAGUGGGUGUAUCCAUUUUGAUCGACAGUUAGUUUUGGACCUCUCAGAUUUAACACCAGAUAAAGAAAUACGAGUAAAAGUUCAAAACUUAAGAACCAUCAUGGGAUAA